UGAAUUUGCUACAAAAAAAAGGAGAGGUGCUAUGAUGGCUGCCGUAUUUGCCAUGCAAGGUAUUGGAAUCUUAACUGCUGCCAUAGUUUCAACUAUCGUUGUAGCUUGUUUCCAGAGUUCCAUUUCUCCGUCCGAUUUUUCCAAUAUUGAUUAUAUAUGGAGAAUUGUCACAGGAGUAGGUGCAAUUCCUGGUUGUGUCGCCCUUUAUUACCGACUUACUAUACCAGAAACACCUCGUUUCACUAUGGAUAUAGAACUUAAUGUUGAUCGGGCUGCUGCUGACAUUAAUGAUGUAUUAACAACAGGUACUUACAAAGAUCAUGAACAAGAUAUCAUUGUUAAAGUUGAUGCACAGAAAGCCACCGUCUCCGAUUUCUUCCAUUAUUUUGGUCAAUGGAAAAACGGAAAAGUUUUAUUUGGCACUUGUUUCACAUGGUUUGUAUUGGAUGUAGCCUUUUAUGGUAUCGGUCUAAACAACAAUAUUAUUUUGAGCAAAAUUGGAUUUUUGGGUAAUGGCACUGAUCCUUAUGAGACGCUAUUUAAAGCCUCUGUUGGUAAUAUUAUCAUUGCAUUGCUGGGCUCCGUACCUGGUUACUGGGUAACCGUUUUUACUAUCGAUUCUUGGGGUCGACGUCCUAUUCAACUUUUGGGUUUUACAGUCCUUACUAUUCUAUUCGUUGUUAUCGGUUCUGCUUUUGACCAAAUUUUGCAAGUUUCCGUUGAUUUUUUCAUCGUUUUAUUCACCUUAGCUCAAUUUUUCUUCAACUUUGGUCCCAAUACCACUACAUUCGUCGUGCCAGGUGAAAUAUUCCCAACUCGAUACCGUUCAACUGGACACGGAUUGAGUGCUGCUUCUGGAAAAUUGGGUGCUAUUAUUUCUUCUGUUGGAUUUUCUAAAUUGAAAGAUAUUGGUGGUGCUGCUGGUUCAAAUGCAUUCGUUAAAUAUUUAUUCCUAAUAUUUGCUGGCUUUAUGUUUAGCGGCCUUGUAGCCACAUUCUUCUGUGUACCUGAAACAAAGGGUUCAACACUAGAAGAAUUAUCAAAUGAAGACCAGGACGGUUUCGUUAAAGGUGUACACAAACCUCAUGUCAUUGAAGUUUAA